GACUAUUGGGUGCCCCCAGAAAACUGCGAAAGACUAGAAAUUAUGCUCUUCACAGAAGAUGUAGCUGAAAUAUAUACCUCAUUGUAUGAAGUCUGACAUGCCUUCUACAAUCUCCCAUGUGACUACAUUAGCAGUUCCAUUCAGGCUGGUGAUUAACAAGGAUCAAAGACGUAAGUAACCAAUAAGGCCCUAAAGCCCUGGUUGUAGAAGAAAUGUGGUUCAAUAGCUCACACUCUUUCCAAUUACUAACUGGGGAUCGAUGUGGAUUAUCUUUUAACCAUGCCAGUGCUUGUCUCCAGAUAACACCCUACCCGAGUAUUUGCAUUGGAUCUGAGCCCUAGCUCUGGAGUUACAUAAGCAGGGCAGGCAGAGAAGAAAGUCAUUGACAGUAAAGACGGAAACUCCUUUACACGGAUGGGAUCACUCCAGAAAAUGAAAACAUCAAAAGCUGACAUGUGCCAAAAUGGAGGGAAAGACAGAUUCAGGACAGAGCAUUACUCUGAUGGCAUGAACAUGAGUCCUGAGGCUGCAGCUUGAAACGUGCAAGUGACUGUAGUAGGUGAGCUUCUCAUCCAGUUACACAGAUUUGGCACCACCUCCUGACACGUCUGCAGUCUUGACUUAAGCAGGGACAGACCGAACUCAAAGGGGCGACUCUACUAUCACUUUCUCCAGUCAGUAAGCAUUGAGAUCAAUAAACCCACCUGUGCCAGGAUUACCAGUAUAGAUGAAGUCUGGAUUACACCACAGAUGUUCCUGAGAGAAAAAUCCAAAAUCCUACCAUGCACUUUUUAACUACAGCCCAGAAGACGUGGUGAAGCAGCGAGGCAGAGAUGGCAAGAUGAGGAGGGAGGACGUGGAUGAUUCUCAACCUGAGGGGAAGAGGUUGAAGCUGGGGAAUGAAGGAGGAACCAUUGGGAAGGACAGAGGAGCAGCAGCAGAGGAAAUAAUGCCGUGUUUAGGCAGAAAAGAGCCCGUGCCCGACGGAGGUGAUGAAGGCAAAAGUGACUAUAAAUCUGAUAUUAUGACUCUGAUUUCCAGUGCCAAGAACAGUCCUCAAGGUCCAGUUUUGACAACGCUGGCUGCCAGCAAAGCUGAGGAAACCACACAGAAGCCCCAUGCAAGUGGCACCUAUUGUUUUCAUGAUCGGAACCUUCAUUCAGACACUAAAGCAGAGUGCAGUUCCUGUGUAGAAUCUGAGGACAGAAAAAGUACAAAGCAACAGAUGAGUUGUGAAAGAGAACAACUAAGGGGUAAUCAGGAAGCUACAGCACCUCCUGACACAAUGGCACAGCCUUAUGCCUCAGCCCAGUUUGCUCCACCUCAGAAUGGUAUCCCUGCAGAAUAUACAGCCCCACAUCCUCAUCCAGCUCCAGACUACACAGGCCAAACCACUGUUCCAGAGCACACAUUAAACAUGUACCCUCCUGCUCAGACACACUCUGAACAGAGUGCAGCUGACACAAAUGCACAAACUGUCUCCGGCACAGCCACACAGACAGAUGAUGCAGCACAGACUGAUGGCCAGCAACAGACACAAUCUUCUGAAAACACAGAAAACAAAUCACAGCCGAAACGGCUUCAUGUCUCAAAUAUACCAUUCAGAUUCCGGGAUCCAGAUCUUAGACAAAUGUUUGGUCAAUUUGGUAAAAUCUUAGAUGUUGAAAUUAUUUUUAAUGAGCGAGGCUCAAAGGGAUUUGGUUUCGUAACUUUCGAAAAUAGUGCUGAUGCGGACAGGGCGAGGGAGAAAUUACACGGCACCGUGGUAGAGGGCCGUAAAAUCGAGGUAAAUAAUGCAACAGCACGUGUAAUGACAAAUAAAAAGACCGUCAACCCUUACACAAAUGGCUGGAAAUUAAAUCCAGUUGUUGGUGCAGUUUAUAGUCCAGAAUUCUAUGCAGGCAGGGUGCUGCUGUGCCAGGCAAACCAGGAGGGAUCUCCCGUGUACAGUGCCCCCAGUUCACUAGUAUACACAUCCACAAUGCCAGGAUUUCCCUACCCUGCUGCAACUGCAGCUGCUGCUUACAGAGGUGCACAUCUAAGAGGCCGAGGUCGCACGGUGUAUAACACGUUUCGUGCAGCAGCCCCCCCUCCUCCAAUUCCAGCCUAUGGCGGUGUUGUAUACCAGGAUGGAUUUUAUGGUGCAGACAUUUAUGGUGGUUAUGCUGCCUACCGGUAUGCCCAGCCUGCCACUGCCACUGCAGCUGCCUACAGUGACAGAAAUCAAUUCGUCUUCGUUGCAGCAGAUGAAAUUUCUUGUAACACCUCUGCAGUUACGGACGAGUUUAUGCUGCAGACCCCUACCACCACACACUUGCUCCAGCAGCCACCUACGGCGUUGGUGCCGUGGCUAGUAUAUACCGAGGGGGAUACAGCCGUUUUGCUCCAUACUAAAUGACAAAACCAUAAAAACCUUCCAAUGUGGGGAAAAAGGAAGCUUUCCGAGGCCUGGGUAUUGCAAUACAUGCAGUAGUGCAUCAUUUUAGCAACUCUAAAAAGAGGAAAAAUUACAUUUUUUAUCUUAUACCUCAGAUAUUUUGUUCUGUGUAUUUUAAUAUUGUGGGUCUUUAAUUUCUGAAGGUUACGUAGUUUGAUUGCUGGCUGUAGAAGUUUUUGUGGUUGAUCUAGAAAGCUGCUAGAUAUGAAUAAAAACUGUUUUAGGGCCACAAUCAAGAGUGCUAUAUCAUGUAAAUGAUUAUAUAUGCUGAAUAUUAAGCUAUUGGGGUUAUCACAUGUUUUGUAAGAGUGUAAGUGACUACAUGAGUCAUUUUUUUCUGCAUCUACAUUUAUUUUAGUUUAUGAGAGGGAGGGAGGGGGGAAACUGGGGACAUGGGAACGGGGUUUGGCUAAAAUAUUAAUUAUGAAGCAAAAAGGGGCCCCACUGCACCAACUAUCAUAUAUCAGCUGUCUUAAAUUAUUCACUGUUUGUUCAAAGCCAAAGGUUAUGUUCUUAUUAGGGGUGCUUUUCUUGACACUUGUACAUAAAAAUCAGAUUAAAAGCUGUCCGAAGGCACCCUUUUAAAGCAUUCCACCAGGCAGUAUUCAGCUAUUUAACCAUAACUAGUUAUUUAGGCAAAAACUGCUAGUUAGACCAUUAACAAGCAUUCUUUUUAUAUUUCUUCCAGUAAAAUAAAUUAUUGAUAUCAUUGCUGACUUUUAUAUUAUGGGAGGGAAAAAAACAAUAAUAAAAAGGUGAUAAAAGCACUGUUUCUAUUUUUUUCUUUUUUUUCCAAAAAAAAGAAAGUAAUAAAAACUUAAAUUCUUUGUACCAGUAAAAAAAAAAAAUGUAUAAAAUUUACAUCUGUGCAGUGGAGUUGUUAAGUUAUAGAAAUACACAGCCUAUGAUGCUUUAGAUUUAGCCUAGUAGACCAACUGUUAGAGACAGACGUAUCAUUUUUAUGGAAUUAUAUGAUAAUCAUAUUCAGAUUUAUAUAAGCAUUUUACAAGUAUUGCAAUCAUUGAGUAGAGAUAAUCAUGGUAUUUUCAUCAGCUUGGUACUUUUUGAAACAUGACUGUGUUGUGUAAACAAACUGCAAUUUUUCAAGGCAUGACAACUUGCCCCGAUUUAAUUUUCAAACCAAGGUUGUUUUGCUAAAUAUUGGGCCCAAGACAAAUUUUCAACUGGGACAAAAGAGGGACCUUCUUCUGACCGAGCACUGACUGGAGAAGGCUGCUUGUCUGGGUCUCAGGCAGGUGCAGCUGAGCAGAUGCCCAGGUGGCAAUUUCAAGGAUAGUUGAAAACUUGCAGUUUGUCUGUGCAUAUGUUUGGACUCUUUCCAUGUUGUCCUGUUUACAAGUUAACCUAAGUUGGGGUGUUUGUCACGGGUCUUCUUGUUUUUGUAUUUAAAUAAAUAAAGCAGAAAACUGUCUUGCUACGGUUUCGCUGCAGAUAGUUAUAUCCUCAUGUGUAAUGUGCGUGCCUACUGGCAAGCACCUUAGUAAAUUAUCAACUCACCGCUGUGAACCUGCCAACUUGCUAUAACAACUCUGCUUUAAAAAAAGUGUUUGUGAUCAGGCUUUCUCUUUGUCAUCGUAUGUGCAUGCAGUAUGAUCAGUUGAACAAUAACCAUCAAUAAAGUUUCACAAGAUUUGAAAACAAAGUUUCUGUAGCAUUUAUAUCUAAGAAUGAAAAAUAAAUUCUCUUUAAAAUUGAAUCAGAGAGAGAACGAGACUAUAUUAAUCAAUGAAAAAUGGGGCAGUAACAUAUAUUUAUACUGGUGAGGGAAUGAACUGAAAUUUAAGAGUUCAAUCCCCACAUUUAUUAUAUAAGAUAUACGAGACAAGCCUCCUAUUAAAAAAAAAAAGUAUAUUUCAUUUAAACACCAUGAUAAAAGCAACUUGAAAAAAUUUUUACCAAAUGUUAGGCUUCCAAUUCAAAGUGUGGAUGAUACAUCUUUUUUGGAAUUGCACACACAAAAUGUCUAACGUGGGGAAUAGAUUUUAUUUGCAAUUUUAAUUUUCAUGAGAUGGCUUUACAACUCCCACUCUCCAAAUGGUUAUAUGGCGGUUUAGUCUAUUAAAAUAAUCUUGAAAGGUUAAGGGUGCAGCCCAUAUUAGAAAAUAUUUUGUUUAUAAAGCUCCUAGAGUACUCCUAGUAGUCAUUUUAAAAUGUAUGUCUGAAAUAGUUAUGUAAGAAAAGAAUUUGAAAUUUUUUUACUAUAUAUUGGGAAUGUUUUCACUUACUUAUAUAAAUAACUACUGAUAAUAUGACUUAUGAAAAAAUUAUUACUACCAUAUGUGGAAUAUAGUGACUUCUAAACAGAUUUAAAAAAACACCCUACAAACCCAGAAAAUAUGUAUAUCUGUCUUUAGAAAUUAGUGUUUAUAUCACAACCGUGAUUUGUGAAUAAAGAAAAAUGGUUUGUAAUAUCAAAAUAAAAGCUUAGUCUG